ACAAGUUUUCUGACGCAUACAUCUAGAUCUGCCAAUUCAUCGUUAUUACGAACGCAGACGGACAAUGAACUAGGAUGAUAUUUGCAGGGAGCUAGAGCCCUUUGAAUACCUACACUAAAAUUAUAAUCCACCACGAUGGAAGAAGGUGCAUAUGAACAGCUAGUCGUCAACCCCGAUAUAAAUGACGACUUAAACAACGAUAGUGAUAACCCGAGCAAAACAUCAAGCAUCAACGGCAACUACAUCACACUACCCGACUCCUCAUCGCGUGCGGGGAACGACUUCCAGGUCAGCCUGCAGAGGGCGCGCUCGCGGCACCUAACGGUCGAAGUGCCACUUCUUCUAGUGGCUUUGAGCCUCAGUAUCCUCGGCACAUUGCGAUCGGAGUACUUGCGGGAGCGCGUCGCCACCGAUGUCUAUCAUGUUAACGUGUCGAUGAAUGACUCGAACUCGUGUGGUGGGAAUACUUCGAGUGUAGAGGAUGAUAUCCAGGCGACGACAUCCACAUGGCUACUUUAUCUUGGCGCCAUUCAAGCCAUUCCAGGUCUGUUCAUGGCCAUAAUACUCGGUUCCGUAAGCGAUCGGCUCGGUCGCAAGCCCGCCCUCGCUUUGUGCGUGACUGGUCUCCUCAUCAAUACAGUCUUCAACAUCGUGGUGAUCUACUUCCAUUUCCCAAUACCGGCCUUCAUCCCUGGAGACCUUAUCGGGGGGCUCUGCGGGGGGCUUGCGCUGCUUCUCUCGACCAGUGCUGCCUACGUGUGCGACGUGACCUCAGCGAAAAUGCGAACUUUUCGGAUCGUCGUCGUAGAGACGGUUUUGUUUGUAGGAUACGGGAUUGGACAGAUAGCACUAGGAUUCACCCUGCAGUACAGUGCGGAUCCGACGUUAAACAAAUACCUUCUUCCUCUAUGGAUCUCCCUUGGGUGUGCGGUGGCAUCCCUUGUUUAUAUUUUGUUACCAUGGUUACUGAUCGAGACCGUGGAUAGGAGACAAGUUGUUGGGAAAGGAUCGCAGAUAUCCAAGGUCCUGGUUGGAAUCUAUCAGUUGAUAAAGGAAAACACGAAUCAAAGAAGAAGGAAAGUGUUGGGCUAUGCUGUCAUCAUGAUGUUUGGUGUAUUUGUAGUCCAAUCCUCUGCUCAAGUGUUCGUAGUUUACAGUUUGGGGGAGCCCUUCUGUCUGGGACCGCUGGAUGUGUCCUUCGUCAGUGUUACCUCGGUGAUAUCCGGGUCCGUAGGAAUGAUCGUUGGCGGCGCUGUUUUACCACGGCUCUUUUCAGACAACUGGAUACUUCAGUUUAGUUUGUUGAACUCCAUGUUGACGUGUCUGAUUACCGGCUUUGCUACCACAAAAACGGUGCUCUAUAUUAGUUCUGCACUGAGCCUCAUAAAAAACCUUUCGUUCCCUAUGAUACGAUCACAACUCUCCAAGGUGUCUGCACAACACGAGAAAGGCUUGAUGCUGGCUUUCAUUGGCUGCAUGGAUGGACUGUCUGCUUUCUUAUCACCGCUCAUCUCCAAUUCCAUCUACUCCAAGACACUUUAUUUCUAUCCCCCUUUCGUAUUUUUCUUUCUGGCUGUUCUCCAAAUCAUCCCUUGCAUCAUUACUGCAUUCCUGCAAUACAGCCAAAGGAACUCGUACACUCAACUUGUAAACGACAACAGCGAGAAGGAGAACUGAAUGAGAAGAAAUCUGUUUAUUAAAAUGCUGGUUUAGAUAUGACUCGGUAAACCGUCCGUUGUAUCAUUCUUAUCUUUUUUUAAUUGCAAAUGCAUGACAACUGCGCGCAAGAAAGGUAAUACGCGUAUUCACUUAGCUCUGUGUUAUAAGAACGAGAAAUGUGAAGCGUAUCACAUUACACUUUACGUCAUUUUUUUCCCUAAACGCCGCGGUUUACCGCUUUAUAUCUGAACGAGGCUUAAGUUCACUUCCUAAAUAUAUUCAUUGUAGUUUGCUCAGCAUUGCGAGGGUCUGUAAAGUGGCGCCUGGCCGGGUUGUUCCCCAGGGAGUGGAGGAUGUGCGUACAUGUUUUUUACAGGCAAGCCUGGAUCCGAUGAGCGGGUUAAUUAUAUUUGUGCGAACUUGAAGCUUGAUGACAUCAUUAUCAAUAUUGUUAAUAGCAUUCUUUUAAUUGUUUAUUCUCAGGAAUCAGCGCUAUACCUCACACACGAUAUAGGUACUAUCUUUAUUAAUUAAUUGUAUAUGAAUCAAGUCACACACCAUUGUAUUAACACAUUCCGAAAACAUUUACAGCCAAUGAACAUAUAACAUCAUAAGUGCACUUAUGCACUAUGCCUUGUAACCUAACUUGUAAGAAACAUGUUUAUAGAUGGGCAAAGUCUUUUAUACAGCUUUCGAAAAUAUUGUUUUAUUCAAUAUUCGCUUUGCCAGAGAUAAUGGAUGCAAAUACACGUAGUCAUAAAACUAUGUAUAAACUAGACUUACUUUAUCAAAAAGCUAUAAUUAGCAUAUAUAUUUAUAUUCAUGUCUAUACAAAAAAGCAUGUCAGUGUGGUCAUCGGACUAUCAUAUCAUAUAAUGCUAUUAAUCAGUAAAACAGUUGUCAUUCAGAUGGCUAUAAAAUGUGAAUGUUAUGCCGUUAACGGGUGGAAAGACGGGGUGAGAGAGAGGGUAGGAUUUGAAAUACAACUCAGGGACCCGUUUCACAAAGCCUUUUUUCAAUAACAAUUUACAAAAGUCAAUGACAAGUCUGCUGAUAAACAAUCAGAAGCAAAACUUUUCAGUAGCUUAUAACAAAAAAUGCCAUUUGUCACUGAUGACAAGUUUUGUGAAACACCCCCCUGGUUUUUAAUUUAAGAACAUGACAUCCGGGCCCAGUCUUAUAAACAGUUAUGAUUAAUCCCAGCUUAUUUUCGAUUGAUAUACAUCGCAGCUAUGUACAUUAGAAACAGAAGACUUCAAACUUGCUCAGGAGGCGCGAUAGCUCAGUCGGUAGAACAGUGGUCUCGUAAUCCGGUGACCCGGGUUCGAUACGGUUCGAAACGCUAACGAAACUAACGCAAGUCGAUGCGCUAGUGCCCUUUUGUAAGGCAUUAAUCAUUAUUACCAGGUCCCUCGGAGAGGACCCUUAAGCCGUCGGUCUUUCUGGUUGCUUACUAACAAGCAUUUAUGCUUUCUUAGUAGUCAGGUAAUAUAACCACCACCAAAAACUUGCGAUUGAUUCCGGGCAUGGUGGCUCAGUGGUUAGAGCGCCCGCCCCAUGAA